GUUGUUGUUCUUCCGGUAAGCCCUGUCGCAAAGGGGUAGCUACUUUGAAGUUGUGCAAAGGAGCUUGUGAAUUAGUCCAGUAAUUCAUUUUCCAGUCCAGAGAGAGAGAAGCGCUGCCGAGGAACGAUGCCCUCUGGUAAGAAUUUCAGGCGAAGAAGGGAAGAGUCGGAGGAUGAAGAAGACGAGGAAGUAACGGCCGAAGUCAGAUCUAAACUGGACGAAGCCAAAGAAAUCCAAAGUCUACGCAAAAGGCAAAGUGGUGUGAGCGUUGUAGCAUUGCUGGUAGGAGAGAAACUGCCACCAGAAGCUGAGAUAGAGAACGAUCCCUUUAAGCUGAAAACAGGAGGAAUUGUUGAUAUGAAAAAGGUUAAAGACAGAAACAGAGACAUGACUGAGGAUGAAACUGAUCUUAAUCUUGGGACAUCAUUCUCUGCAGAGACAAAUCGGAGGGAUGAAGAUGCAGAUAUGAUGAAGUACAUUGAGACAGAACUGAAGAAGAAGAAGGGACAGGUGGAGACAGAGGAAACAAAGGUGAAGGUGAAGAAUGCAGAAGACCUCCUCUAUGAGCUCCCUGAGAACAUCAGAGUGUCUUCUGCUAAAAAGACUGAGGAGAUGCUUUCCAAUCAGAUGCUAAGUGGAAUUCCAGAGGUUGACCUAGGCAUAGAUGCUAAGAUAAAGAACAUCAUUUCUACAGAGGAGGCUAAAGCUAAGCUUUUAGCUGAACAGCGGAACAAGAAGAAAGACAGUGGCACUUCCUUUGUACCAACCAACAUUGCAGUCAACUAUGUCCAGCACAAUCGCUUCUACCACGAAGAUGUUAAUGCACCAGCAAGACGGCAUCGUGAAGAACCGAAGGCCCGGCCGCUCCGUGUGGGAGACACAGAAAAACCGGAAGCAGAACAGACACCCCCCAGCCGUAAGCGGCCAGCCAACGAGAAGGCCACCGACGAUUACCACUAUGAGAAGUUCAAGAAGAUGAACCGCAGAUAUUAAAAAUGCCCGUGUUCCCUUGUUUCUUCAAAUUCCAAAAAGUGUUGCUGUUUUCUGUAACAUUUGAAUGUGUUUGACCUUUGUUUUGACAAAGAUUUUUAAAUAUUUCCGGUUUUUAGGAAACUUUUAUAAGUGGUGGAAUACUUCAAUUUCAGUAAAAAACAGGAUACUUAAGGUUGAUUACAGUAAUGCAGUAAGCUUGAUACUUGUUCAUGGCACUUUUUAUUAAUGAGUUUCCCCACAAUGGAAGCUAGCCAAGAAUAUGAAUUCAACAUAUACAACAGAAGUUCAAGUACAAAAUCUAAGAAAAGCCAGUCGUGGGAUCAUUUUAUAUGUAUUUAAAUAACUCAGUGUAGGUCAUGUCCCUUUCAGAAUCUGAAACCCAUGGAUUGCGAUAAUGCAAAAUAACUGAAUUAAACACUGUAAACAAGUAUUCUAGAAAGAGCAGUGUGUUAAAUUGCAUAUGCACUGUACAACAAAUACAUCAUUUGCAUAAACACAAACUAAUUAUUUUAUUCUGCUACAUCUCUACUUCACAGCAUGGG